AUGUCCAGAGGAGGGGAGAUGGUUUAUAUUCCCGAUGACUCCGACUUCAGCUCCUUCCGGGAUCAGUGCGAGAACCUGGAAGGCUGGCACUGUCGCUACAACAAGGGUGGCGUGACCGUGUGGAGCCAGGGCCAGGAGGAAAGCUGCACCGUGCAGAAGAUCAAGACCCGCAUCUCCUGCAAGGACGUCCCUGCCGAGACGCUCUACGAUGUGCUGCAUGAUACCCACUACCGCAAGAAGUGGGACUCGAACAUGAUCGAGACCUACGACAUCGGGCGCUUGACUGUCAAUGCCGACGUGGGAUACUACUCCUGGAAGUGCCCAAGCCCCCUGAAGAACAGAGAUUUUGUCACCCUGCGCUCCUGGCUGCCCCUUGGCAAUGACUACAUCAUCAUCAACUACAGCGUGAAGCACCCGAAAUACCCUCCCCGGAAGGACUUCGUGAGGGCYGUGUCCUUGCAGACAGGCUACCUGAUCAAGGCGAAUGGCACCAGUGCCUGCGUCCUCUACUACCUUACCCAGGUGGACCCCCGAGGGUCGCUGCCAAAGUGGGUGGUGAACCGAGUCUCCCAGUUUGUGGCACCAAAGGCGAUGAAGAAAAUUUACAAAGCGGGGCUGAAAUACCCAGAGUGGAAGCACAAGCACGACCCCGAGUACAAGCCCUGGGUGUACCCGGAGCAGAACACGCUGCCCAGCGUCAGCCUGGACGAGCUGUCGGUGCAGCACGCCGACUCGCUGGAGAACAUCGACGAGACUGGCUUGCCUGAGGACCACCUCAACAUGAGUGACCACGAGGCCUGAGCCCUCGCGGGCAGCCUGCGCCACGGGCCAGUGCCUGCCUGCACCCAUGGGGGGUUGGCACCAAGGGGGAUGUCCCCUGGGCCCCACUGCUCCCAGCUCCUUCAUCGUAGAUCCCCCCUACCCUAGGCAACAGGAGAUGCUGCCCCUGGGGCACUGGGCCCCCUGCCCAUGGGAGCCUCAGUUUGAGGACUGGGAAGAYGGCAGAAGAUGGCCCUGGUCCCCUUGCAGCAGGGCUGUGGUGGCCCAUGGAGAAGUCCUGCUGCAGGUGACAGGGGUGGCUAAGGAUCUGUGUGCCCUGAGGAGAGGCUGGGCACACCAUGGGAGAGGGAAGRAGGUUUUCUGCCACCUGGAUAUCCCUUUGCUGCUGUAAGGCCUUCUGGCCAGUCCCUGGUGUCUCUCUAAGGUUCACAACUGGAUGGUCUGCAGGUGAAUCCRGGGUUCUUGCUCAGGCUUUGCAGCAGCGCAGGGUAGGGCGCUGGGGUCCUGCUCUUCCAGCCCUGCAUUCAGUCUGGCUGCACUCUAGCCCAGAAAGUGCCCCAUGGGCCCUCUGAUCCCCAUCUCCAGGACCACCCCC